GCAGUGAGCAUAGCAAAAGAGAAAAUCAAACGAGAAAGAAGGAAAGGCGAAGAAGGAAAAGAACUAACAAAAACCUAUUAUUCUAUAGAAAAUUCGUAUAAUGAAAGCCAGCACAUUUGAUUGGCUGCCAGUGCUGUUUCUGCUGCUGGCCAUGGCUCUGGCCUUGCGCAGCGAGCCGCGGCACGCGACUUGCGACAAUGAGCAGCGGUACGAGAAUCAGGUGAUGUGCGCGGGCGUGCAAUUCGGCCACAGUGCACCCUAUCCGGACAACUGCAGCUUGUUCCUAGUUUGCGAUUGUGAAUACCCCACUGUGAAGAUGUGCCCAGCGCAUUUGUGGUGGAAUAAUAAAACGCAGAUCUGUGACUGGCCACAGAACACGAAAUGCAUUUACUACGACAUCCCGACAACAACCGGCGCGUACAGCCCUACUUCAACUCCUACUCCAUUUCCGGUGGCAAACAGUACGCAGGAAAAUCGCCCAACAACUGAGGAGAAUUGGCCCACAUCGGACUAUGAUCCUCCACCGCCACCACCGGGCAUUGCGGAAUCAUUCUGCAAGAAUUUCAAGGAUGGUUCGGUGCAUCGUUAUCCAUACGAUUGCAAUGCCUAUAUCAAUUGUACGCACGGCUGGCCAGUGCUGAACUAUUGCGAUUAUGAUAAGGUCUUCAAUCAGCUGCUGUGCAUUUGCGAUACGCCAGAUACCGCUCACUGUGAGCCACUGCCAUUGCCGUCAUCGACGACAACAACCACAGAAGAGCCAACAACAGUACCAACAACAAUAACCACAGAAGAGCCAACAACAACAACCACAGAGGCAACUUCAACCACUGAAGAGGGCGAGUGUAGCCCACCGCCUCUUGGCAUUAAUGAGGAUUACUGCUACGAUUUGGGCAACGGCUUCUACGAGUAUCCCUACAAUUGCAGUGCGUACAUUACGUGUCGCAGUGGUUGCACCAGCAUGGCCUAUUGCAUACCCGACAAGCUCUUCAACCCGCUGUGGCACAUCUGCGAUACGCCCAAUUCGGUGGACUGUAGACCCAAGCCAUAUCCGACAACGACAACGUCAGCAACAACAACGACGGGUGGCGGCAGCACUGGAGACACCAGCAGCUCGAGCAGUGGUGCAGAGACAAGCACAACGCCAGUGCCCACAGAAGCCAGCAGCACCACAAUUGCGACGACGACAACGCCCGCAUUGCCGGCAGAUGUUAAUCCCAAUCUGUGCAAGGACAAGCCAGACAACUUCCUCUUUCCCUAUGCCGCCGACUGCUCGAAGUACCUGCAGUGCAAGGACCAUCAGGUGAUUGUGGGUCAGUGUGCUCCGACGCUGCUCUUCAAUCCCGUUCUGCUGAUUUGCGACUCUGCCGAAGAUGUGGACUGCGAGGGCGAUCGCAGCACAACGCCUGUCACCAGCAGCACCACUGAUGCGCCCACAACGCCAACGAGCAGCACAACCACCGUGACGACGACGCCCGCUACCACACCUGGGCCAGCCGAGCUGUGCGCCACUGAGCCCCUCGGAACCUCAUAUCCGUACGAGCAGGAUUGUGAAUAUUACAUUCUAUGCCUGGGCGACGGCGAGUUCUAUAUUGCCAGAUGCAUUUCGAAUACAUACUUCGAUCCAAAGACGGGUGAGUGUGGCCCGAAUGUAUCGCCGACAGCUUGCAGGGAGCAGGAUGCGACCACAACCACAACGGCAGCAACAACAACAACAACAACAACAACGACGAUGACAAAGACAACAACGGAAGCUGUCAGCACCAUUUCGACACCUAGCACUAGUGUGGCAACAACGCCCCAGCCAUCGGGCGGCAUAUGUGGCAAUAAGGAUGAGGGCGAAAUGAUUGCCUAUCCGAACGAUUGCAGCAAGUAUAUUGUCUGUGUGUCGCCCAUUCCGGUUGGCUUCUACUGCACGCCCGGCUCCUACUUCAGUGCCCGGCAGCAGCAGUGCGUGAGCUGGGAGGAGAGCGACUGCGACAAGGAGACGGCCACAACACCUGGCUCUGGCCACACCCAGGCACCCUUGGAGCCGACCAUGUGCACGAACAGCACUCGGGACACGUUCCCCUAUCCGGACAACUGCCAGUGGUUCAUACGCUGUGUCAACGAUUACAUCUACAUGAUGGAUGUGUGCAACUGUGGCGAAUACUACGAUCCGAUAAGCGGCAAAUGCGGUGCUGACGUGCCAUCGGAUGCCUGUCGCUGGGACUACACCUCAACAACAGCGGCAACAACAACUGAGACAACGCCGGAGCCUACACCACCCGUCACCCGUCCACCGCCACAAAAGGGUCCGUGUGACGGAGCAGCCGAUGGCGAACUGGUGCCCUAUCCCAACGACUGCUCCAAGUACAUCAAAUGUGAUCGCCCCAUUGCUGCCGCCUACGACUGCGCCGAAGGCGAUGAGUUCAGUCCGGAGCUGCGUAAGUGUAUGGAGGCAUCGCUAGCCAAUUGCAACGUUGGCACAACACCCAGCUGGCCCGGCUCAACAACUACCGAGAUAUCUACAACCUCUGAGACUUCCCCAACAACCGAGCCUUCCACAACCACCGAACCUUCUACAACACCCAGUCCUUCCACAACCAUCGAACCAUCUACAACUCCAAGUCCUUCCACAACCACUGAGCCUUUGACAACCACCGAACCUUCAACAACCACUGAGCCUUUGACAACCACCGAACCUUCAACAACUCUCAGUCCUUCCACAACCACUGAGCCUUUGACAACCACCGCGCCUGCCUCAACUCCCAGUCCUUCCACAACCACCGAACCUUCCACAACUAUCGAGACUUCGACAACUCCAGAAUCUUCGACCACUUCUGAUAUACCCACAACUAUUGAGCCACCCACAACAACCACCAGCAGCUCCAGCACAGCUCCAGAGUCAACAACCACAGAGCAGACGACAACGCCAGCGCCUUCAGGCGGCAUUUGCGGCAAUAAACCAAAUGGAAGCCUUGUUCCAUAUCCAAAUGAUUGUGAAAAAUAUAUUGUAUGUCAAGAGCCCAUACCCAUUGGCUAUGAUUGUCCCGAAGGCUUGGAAUUCAGCCCCACAGAGCUGCAGUGUAUGGAUCCGGAACUGGCCAACUGUAGACCAGAACCCACAACGGCAGCAACAACAACUUCUCCAGCUACUCCAACUACUACGCCUGGCACUACCGUGUCUACCACUCCAAUUACUCCAGACACUUCCAGUACAGCAGUCGAUACUACUAGUCCGAGUACUCCAGAGACUUCGAGCACUACCACAACGCCAAUCACAACCGAGAUGCCGUCAAGCACCACGUCUGAGACAACGCAGCAGACCACAACUUCAGGACCCACAACAAUACACCCGGAUACGCCAAACAUAUGCUGCGGUCAUCCGCUAGGCACCAUUUUGCCAUACCCGAACGAUUGCAAUCGCUAUGUGGUCUGUGACUAUCCGAUACCCUAUGCCGUGGUCUGUGAGGAGGGCACGCUGUUCGACGUUGAGUCUCUGCAGUGCAAAGCCAACGAAAAUGCGAACUGUAUAUUUGUAGAGUAUUGAAUACAAACUAUUCCACACUCAAAUGUUUAGUUCCUUUUUAUAAACACUUAAAAGCAAUCAUAAAUAUAGAGAAUGCUCAUAUAUAAUGCAGGAUAUGGGCCUCUUA